AUGGAGAUUUUUCAGUUUUUUGUUGAUGAUAACUUUGCGCUGGAAGUCCAGUGGAUUCCUCGUUCUGAAAUUGACAGAGCGGAUUAUAUAAGUCGCUUUAUUGAUGUAGACGAUUGACAAAUUUCAGCUUGCUUUGCGUCUCUAGAUACCAGCUAGGGGAUUCACACUGUAGAUUGCUUUGCUAGUUUUUAUAAAAAGAAGAUCAGAGCGAGUUACUAUCUAUAAGUUUCCAAGACCACAACCGCUAUAGUUGUACCCUUUUGGCCAUCAUCGUAUUUUUGGCCAAUUAUCACCAGGACAUUUGCCAGUUCCAUAGAGGAUUAUAGGUGGUUCAACGCUAAGGAUGCAUUAGAGCAUGGGUGGAACACGAACUCGUUUUUGGGUAGCGGCGGAUUCACUGGACUAGUUUUAGCUCUUCGAAUGAAGUUCUCUUCUCCCUCUCAUGCUUUUAGGUAAUUUCAUGAGUAUUGCUCAGUUAAUUGUCUUCGUGUUGAGCAGGGAAAAGAGACAUGAGACGCUUGUCAUUGAGUGUAUACAGUGAAAGGGGGCGCUGGCCUGAGUUGAAGAUGGAACAGUUUUUGAAGGCACCGGCGCUUGCCUGCAGCCCUUAUGGCGGUCAAUUUGAAACGAGAACGGGAGGUUUAGCGUGCAUCGUCUAUUACCAUAGCGUUUUUCUCGCUGCAGAUGUUUAAUGUGGAUGGCCAUUGGAAUCAUCUUCCGGCUAGGAUAAGGCCAGACUUGAAAGACCUUCUUUUGAUGCUAUUGAAACCUAAGGCGGAGUCUACAUUGAAGAGAUACAAGAAAGAGAUUCUUAGGUUUCUUAAAUGGUGUAAUUUGUCCAAUGCUGGGCCGGUGCCUCCUUUCUCUGUCUCUCUCGCUGUUUCCUAUCUUAAAAAAGUUUACAAAAGUUCAAACUCUUAUGCCACAUUAUUGUUGUCUCACGCCAAUCUAAAGAGGUUUCAUUCUUUCUUUCCGUGUAACGACAACAGUCCACUCAAUAGUUAAAUUUGGUCAUAAUUUGCUGGAAGCGGUUAAGCGUUGCAAGCCAGUUACUGUUAAGAAGGUACCUAUGCCUGCCGAUGUUAUUAGAAGUAUAAUUAAUAAGUAUGCUGGUCCAUCAGCUAAUUUAAAGGAUUUACGUUUAGCUUGUAUUUGCUCGAUAGGUCUUGCAGGGUUUUUUCGUUAUGAUGAGCUGAGCAACAUUGCUCCCGCACAUUUAAAGUUUUGUCCUGAGUACUUGAGGGUGUUUUUUCCCAAGGCGAAGAAUGAUUUUACCGGGAAGGAAAUUAUGUUUAUGUCAAGAGGCUAG